GCUUUGUAAAUAUAUGCAAACAUCUGCAAAGAUGGAGUUUUGCAACAAUAAGUCAGAGGUUUUACCAAACUGUUAAAUCUUUAAAACUUAUACCUUGAUUUUCGUUUAACUGAUUUGUUUUACCCUACAAGCAUGCACUCAUGUCUGUAAAGGUUACCUGUCUUGCUGUGGGUGUGUCUAAUGGAUUGAGGGCUUGAGGACUUGAAGUCAGUCAGAUACUUGUCUGUCAGAACACACCACCUCCUCAGAAUGGGUUUGUGUUUUGUGGACUUUUAAGGCGCAAACAGAAAGAGACAAUGACUUCGAUCACAAUGUCACGUCAGUUCCAAACACUCCUCCAAAGUAGUCUAAUUUUCAUCCUCACCUUUCUAACAUUCUGUGCUUUCUUCGUAUCUUUGGAAAGCCAGUCCCACACCAGCAAAAAUCUACACAUCAGCAAGUCACAGUGCAACGCCUGGUUAACACAUAAGAAGUGGAGGAGCCUGAAACUUACAAUUACCAAGAGAACAAAGCUUUUUGUGAAACUGGAGGAUUUUUUCUGGAGGAAGGAUGUAUCCCGACUGCCUUUACCGUAUGGCAUGAAAGGAAGUGAAUUGUUGCUACUCAAAGUUCUUGCUGCAACAGCAAAUUAUGACAUGCCAGCCCAUAUUGAAAACCUUGAUUGCAGAACGUGUGUAGUGGUGGGAAAUGGCUUCUCCAUCAAAAACUCCUCCUUGGGAAGGCUCAUUAACACAUAUGAUGUAGUCAUUAGGUUAAAUGAUGCUCCAGUUAGGGGCUACGAGGAGGACGUGGGAAACAAGACCACCAUGAGGAUAUUCUACCCCGAGUCGGCCUCCUCCAACCCCAGGGUGCACAAUGAGGAGGACACACUGAUGGUCAUGGUGCCUUUUAAACCACACGAUCUUCGCUGGCUUAAAGAGAUGCUCUAUGAUGAGAAGAGGGACAGUAGAGGCUUUUGGAAACCCCCUCCUCUGAUCUGGCUGGGACACAGAAGUAAAGUGAGAGUGUUGGACCCAUAUUUCAUGCAUCAGACUGCGAAAAAACUGCUCCAUAUCCCCUUUCCACCAAAAAUAAAACAGAACUCCUUUCAACCCACCACAGGGUUCCUGGCUGUGUUUGUGGCUCUCAAUUACUGUGAUGUGGUCCACAUAGCUGGAUUCGGUUAUCCCCCAAAGAGUGACCAGCAGCAACCCAUACAUUACUACGGAUCCCACACGAUGAAAGCUAUGAAGUACUCUUCACAUAACGUCGGUCGGGAAGCUCAAGCUUUAAAAAAGUUGGAGGAUUCAGCAGCCAUCACAUACCUGCAUCCACACCUGUGACACAGCGCACCCUUUUUCGUAAAUUUCUGUAAAUAACAGACUUUUUGCGUUUGAGUGCACUUGGUGUAGGCUUUUCAAAACUAAAGCAGGUUUUGUCAUAACACUAUACAUGUUUUGCUUCUCAAUUAAAAUGAUUAGACACUUAUGGGAGGAAGAGGCAACUACUAUCACUGUUUUACCAUUGCUGAGAACUCGGUAUUACAUGCAUGACUUAUAUACACACGGAUUUAUAGGUUUUGGGAAUUUUUGACAGGAUUAUUAUUUUAUGAAGAUCUGAUGUCACCAUAACAACAAAACAAAAAAAAAAAUCACAUACAUAAUUUGAUUUGCAAAAAUGAAUUAACAAAAAGCUGCAUUUAAUCCGAGGAGCUUUAUUUAUGCUUUUUAACCGCUAUCGUUCCCAAAAAAUUUUCCAAUACUUUACUGAAUAAUUAUGAUCACUUUUAAAUACAUAAAAAAACAUUAAAUAUGCACCCACUGUUCAUAAUCAUUUUUUUUCUGUAUUACAAGCAAAAAUGCCAAAUAAAAGUCAUAUAUAGUAAUAAAUAAACUUCAUUUAACGGUGGAAUUAAACUUAGCUAAAUAGAAAAUAUAUUCUCUACGCUUUGGAGUUACCCAAUCUUGUCCAAAAGUUGCCUUGUGAAAAAGUUUUGUGAGCCAUAAUUCAAAGUACUAUUCAAUUCCCAGAUGACAAUUCAAUUUGUAAUUUGAUCAUGCAGUUAAAAAUGCAUUUUUCAGUUGAAAAUUCAAAAUGCAUUUCAGGCUUUUAAUCGGAAAAUUUGCAAUUUAGAAUUUAAUAUUAAAUUUACAAUUCAAUAUGGCAAUUUUAAAUUAGAAUAUUGAGUUAUAAACAAAGUCAACUGCAUUUUAAGUUGUCGUAUGUCAUAAUUCAAAUGACAAUGGUAAAUGGCGCAUUCUUGUAGAGCGUUUUCUACCCUCCUUCCAGGGCCCAAAGCACUUCACAGUCACAGACCCAUUCACCCAUUCACACACACAUUCACACACUGGUGGUGGCUCCGCUACAAACACUAGUGCCAACCUCACACCAGAACAAUUCGGGGUUCAGUGUUUUGCCCUUCGGGCAAGGCGGGAAUCAAACCCGCAAUCUUCCGAUCAGGAGACGACCGCCCUGCCGCUGAACCACGGCCGCAAAAUGAAUUUUACAAUUUACAAUUCAAUAUGCAUUUUGAAUUUGGAUUGU